AUGAUUUACAUUAAUUAUUGUCGUCAUUACUAAAAAAAAUGUAUGGAACUUAUCUAAACAAUAGCGUAAAAAUACAUAUUUAUUAUCAUUUAACUACAUUUUAAUUUUAUGACUUCUAGUUCUUAUAUCACGUUUUAUCCUUCAUUAUGUCUACUGAUUAUGAAAAACUCGUAAAAGAUCAUUUACGUAUGAGAUUAAUAGAAUCUGGCUGGAGUGAAAAUCUCAAUGAAAUUAUCAAAAACUCUGUCAAAGAACGUUUAGCUGGUGGACAAUUUAUAAAUGCUAUAAAAUUUGAACAACUGUAUCAAGAUGUAGCUCUUAAAGCUCGUGAUUUAAUUUCACCUAACAUGGAACUAGAAAUUCAUACAAAAUUAAACGAGUACUUAUCUCUAAACCUCGAGAAUGAAGAAGAUGAAGAUGAUGACAAUUUAUUCUCUUCUGAUGAAGAUACAAGAUCAAUGGAUGUUGAUAAAUAAAUAUUGAUAAAAUGUUAUUUUUAAUUAUUAUUGAAGUCUGAUAUAAUUUAAUAAAUAUUUUUAUAAAAAAAAAAAACCAAUGGUUAAUAUUAAAAACCGUUAAAAUAACUAAAUAAA